AUGGAAACUGGCACUGAUAUACGAGUGAAAGUUUUGUGGUACUACGGAAGAAUUUUGUGGGAAGCGCUGUCAAAUGGGUGCGAGCAAAUUAAAGACUCUGAAGUCCAUGCUCUGGGAGCUCUGCAAGCUAACGUUACAUUGGCUACUUCAAGAGUUGAUAUAGAUUGGGAAUACCCGGUAGCUGAUCGGGGUGGCGCGGAAGAUGGUUUUAGAACUUACGUCCAAUUUUCAAAGGAGCUAAGAGCUGCUGUGGGAAACAUAUAUGGGAUAACAGUGGCACUCUCAGAUUCAUAUUGUUUGGAUCUUCUGUGGCGGAACUCAGUCCCUCCUGAGAAGGUUUCCUUGGGUCUAGCAUUUUACGGAAGGUCAUUUGCAUUGGCGGAUCCUAGUUACACUACUCCAGGUUGUACUUUCACAAGAGACGGUGAUGGGACCUCCGGCGGUGCUAAGCCAGGUAAAUGUACUUUGACCAGCGGUACACUAUCCAACUACGAGAUCAACAGGAUUUUGAAGGAGAAUUUUCCACCAGUCAUUCAUGACCAAAACUAG